AUGGAAAGAGAAAUGGAGAGCCUCAGGGACCUACAUGUAUACUCACCAGCUCAAGCACCAGAAAACAAAAAACCAAUAGGAACCAGAUGGGUGUUCAGAAUCAAGACACUGGAAAACAACAAAGCACUAUACAAAGCGAGGCUGGUCGCACAAGGAUUUGCCCAGAAGUAUCCAGAGGACUACACAGAUACCUACUUGCCUACAGUCAGGGCUGAGAGCGUCAAGAGUGCACUAGUAAUAGCCACUAUUCUGGGAUUUGAACUAUUCCAAUUUGAUGUGCAAACCACAUAUCUCCAUGCAGAAUUGGACAAAGAAAUCUACGUCAAAGCCCCACCAGGAUACAAUGAAGAAAAAAACAACACAUGGCUUCUGAAUAAAAGUUUAUAUGGACACAAGCAAUCAGGCAAGAGGUGCAAGAAACCAUGGCUUCAUUAUAGAUCCAAACAUUUAUAUGCAAUCAUAUUUUAUGUGAUUAUGGUCUUGUUCACCUUCACACUGAUAAAAAAGUAUAUCGAAGUCAAAAGGAAGCGGAACUUUCUAGAGGAAGCAUCUCUUUUUAAACUUCUUCCAGAAGAAAAAUACAAAUUCAUGUUUCUAUUUGAUGGAAUGUGGUUAGGUCCAAAGAAUCACUGUGAGUGUUCACAAACUGGUAAAUUGACCAUCUAUCAACUGCAAAACUAUAUAGAUAAAGAUAAACUUGAAUCCAUAAGGCAGAGACGUGAGAAGGAAUUCAAACAUUAUCAGAGAAGGCAUCAAUUUGAGGAAAAAGAUAUCCUUAUUGCUCAACCAAAUAUUCCUUUGAGUUAUCCCAUUCAAGGGGCUGAGGUGAUGCCCUUGCACACCAUUGUACUUCCAGGGCUAGCUUUCCAUGGAACAAGUAGAGAAACUCUAAAGGUGCUUCUACAGGCAUCCUUUGGGAAUCUGAAUACUCUUGCUGAUGUUUCUGAAGAAGUGGUCCAAGGACGUGGGACAAAAUUGCUGGUCAUCACUACUUCCUAUGUGAAGCUUUUGAAUCACAUCCUGGAACAUGUUACAUACACUAGUACAAAAUACCUAUUAGAUGUAGUGGAUAUGAUGAACUUUACAGACGGAACUUAUCUUGCUAGAUUUCCUGUGACCAUUCGACAAGUGCGCCUUCCUAAGCUAUUUGACUCAGGGCCAGAUAACAGCAUUAGAAACAUGGUAACCAUCACAGUAAAAGUAUUUUUACGCUACCACAAGCUGCGGAUCCUCUUGAAAAGCAUAAGACAAUACUAUCCGGAUAUAACAAUAAUUGUGGCAGAUGACAGUGAAUACCCAGAGAAGAUUGAAGAAGCAAAUGUUGAGCAUUACAUUAUGCCUUUUGGAAAGGGCUGGUUUGCAGGGAGGAACCUUGCAAUCUCACAGGUCACAACCAAAUAUUAUCUUUGGGUAGAUGAUGACUUCAUCUUCACUGAAAAAACAAAGAUCGAGAAAUUUGUGGAUGUAUUGGAGAACACCAACUUGGAUGUGGUUGGAGGCAGUGUGGAUGGAAAUGACUAUAAGUUUAAGAUGUUCUAUCAGGAAGGAGAAGAUAGCAGCUGUUUGCACGUCAGAAGUGGCUUCUAUCAUCACUUGGAAGGCUUUCCCAACUGUGUCGUGACUAGCGGUGUAGUCAAUUUCUUCCUGGCUCAUGCAGAGGAAAGCAGGCAGGUUGGAUUUGAUCCUAAGCUACAGAGGGUGGCUCAUUUAGAAUAUUUUAUGGAUGGGUUUGGAAGCUUGCGGGUUGGCUCCUGCAAUGAUGUAAUCAUUGGUCACCAGACACAGCAAAUUUCCACCAACAUAAAAGAAGUUAAUAUUGAAAAGUUGUAUGCUAGAUUUCGGUAUAACUCUGAGAAAGAAGUUACGUUUAAACUGUCCUUACAUUACUUUAAGAACAGAAUGAAAUGCUAUACAAAACACUGA